AUGUCUGCAGACCCCUACGACAACGACGGCGAUGCUGUGAUAGAGAUGGACCUAUUACCACCGCGCUGGAUCGAUGUCCAAGAAGAAGUUGGUGACGUCCUCAAGGACAUCACAUUAAAGGCCGCCAGACUGGACAAACUGCACGCUAAACAUGUCCUCCCAGGGUUCGAUGAUGAUUCGGUCAAACAGCAGGAGGAGCGAGAAAUAGAGCGACUAACAACAGAGAUCACCAGAGCCUUCCAAGAUUGCCAGAGGGCGAUCAAACGCAUCGAAACAAUGGUGAAAGAUGCCCGCCAAUCUGGCAAUGUCCAGAAAGGCGACGAGACAAUGGCGAAGAAUAUUCAAGUUGCUUUGGCUUCUAGUGUUCAGGAAGUCAGUGCGACGUUUAGAAAGAAGCAGAGCACCUACUUGAACAAACUCCGAGCCCUGGGUGGUUUCGAGUCACCAAUUGGCCGGUCCUCAACCCCAGUCCCACAGAAUCCAUAUACCGAUCCAGCAUUGAUGGAAUCCGACGCCGACAAAAGAUUCAGUCAAUCUACUUUGCAGCAGACAGCUCAGAAGCGACAUAACAAUGACACUGUCAUUGCCCAACGAGAACAGGAGAUCAACGAUAUUGCCCGAGGUAUUAUCGAACUGGCAGAUAUCUUUCGCGACCUCCAAGGCAUGGUUAUCGAUCAAGGAACCAUGCUCGAUCGCAUCGACUAUAACGUUGAGCAGACCGUCACCGACGUAAAGGGCGCUGAGAAGGAACUUACCACCGCAACGAACUACCAGAAACGUAGCACGAAACGGAAGAUUUUGUUACUCCUUUUGCUGCUUGUCAUCGGCAUGUUUGUCUUAUUACUGGUCAAACCCAAGAAAAGCUCUCAACUAACAAACCCCCCUCCGACACCAGCACCACCCUGA